AUGCAUAUUUAUUUCCGGCGUUCCGCGGGACAGUCCCGGACAAUCCCACCGCUUGAGCAACUACAGCAGACUAUAACUCGCAGGCUCCGGGUGAGUUCCGCGGAACAUCGAGACUGGAUUGAAGCCCGGCGCCCAGUCCUUUUGGGACACAUCCCCAUGGAAUUUUCCUCAUGUGUGUACAGAUUGAAAUGA